CCGCAGGUUCUGGACUUUUGAAGCCCCCAUGGGCUGCUCAGGAAGGACUGCUGCCCUUCCCCACUGCAGCCAGGAGAUGAUUCCUCGGGACCAGCGCUGCUAUGCCAUCUCGGGGCUCAUAAACACCUGGCUGGACCGCCGCCCGCAGGACUUCUUGGAAGCUGCCCAGCAUCCGUGCCUCCAACGCCUCCGGGCUCAACUGCGGCUCCAUAUGUGUGGCUCCGAGCUGGAGCGCCAUGUCUCCCAUCUCCUGGCGCAGUUGGGGAUCCAGGAAUCCAUCCCGGGCGAGGCUACGGCUCCGGCAGCAGCCGCCCUGGUGGCUGUGACCCCGACUCGCGAGCUGGCUUCCGCUCCCAGCCGGAGGGUGGCCCUCUGCACGCUGGGUGGAACAGCGACGGCUGCCCGAGCGCAGGCCCCUUCAGCCUUGAAUCCGGCUGGCAGGCGUCUGGGAGCCCAAGCUGCGUGUGUGGAUGAAGAGCCACGGGCCACGCCGGCUCUGCUGCCUAGGCCUGAAGGGGCACGAGCAGCCCGCGGGGAGGCGUCAUCAUCCCCCACUUGGGCUUCGGAGCUUAGUGGCCAGGGACCAGCGGCGGCCGGUGCUGAGCUGGAGCCCUCCUGCUCCGGGGCUCCGGGGUUGAGUGGAGGAGAAGCAGCGGUGCGCUCUGGGGAGAUGCAGCCCUGCUUCAGCUUGUUACCUGUGCUCGGGGCCCAGCCUGCCCCAGAAGCCAUCGCUGAGGCAGAGCCAGCGUCCACCUUGGCUCCCCUUCUAAGCGCUAGAUCUUCAUUCUUCACUCCUGAGCUGGAGCUGCUCAUGUACUUAGCGCUGCUGCUCUUUGACCUGGGAGCUCCGGCUGCGCUGCUCUGUGGACUCGCAGUACUGGCUCUGCUGCUCUGUGCCAUGCAGGCUCUAGGCUCCCGUGUCCCAUCGGAGCCAGCGUCCCCCAUGGCUCGGGGCCCCGGUGCUGAUGGAGCUCCAGCAUGGAGUGCUGCCGACAGGGAGCCGUGUGCCAGCGGGGCUCCCAUGGUCCCUUGCAGCCAGCCGGCCUCCAGUGGUGUGCCGGCAGUGGACCUGAUCCAGAUCCUGGCGCUGCUUGUCUUCCGAGGACCCGAAGGCAUGCUCUCAGAUGUGGGAGUUCGCUUUCUGAUGCUCCAUGCGUUGAGAUCAUUCAAUUCUUGUGCCCAAUCAGAGUCACCUACCAGCUUGGCUCUGGUGCACAGUGCUCAGGGAGCAUUGGGAAGUAGCGUUGACGAUGAGGCCAGUUUGCCCUCGUCUCCUCCUCUCAGUCUUCAAGACCCGGACUGCAGUGCAGACCUGGAGGUGCUUCUCUCCUUAAGUGUGUUGUUUUACCGUUUUGGAGCACCAGCUGUGGCGCUCUUUGUGGUUGGAUUUCCGGCCAUGGUUCUUGUCGUGGUGAGAGCUAUAGCCUGUCACGCGGGCUUGGAGCCAUCGGCCACCUGGGCUCAGGUGCGCAGUAGAGAUGAAGCUCCAUCCUCCAGGCCUGCCGUGAAGCCACGAUCUAGCUCUGCUCCAGGAUUCAGUGUCGGAGACGCAGCUCCCAGGGCAGAGCUGGACCUCUUUCUGCCCGCGGCUGCGGUGCUGGCUCUGGUCCAGACACCCAUUCUGGCUUUGUGUGUGGGAGGAGCACUCGCUAUUGUGCUCCUCCUUGUAAGAGCCCCAAUUUCCCAGACUCCAUCUGGGAGUGCUCAGCUGGGGCCACAUUCCAGCAUGGUUUCGGGGCUCAGGCGUGAGGACACAGCAGCCUCCGGGGCCAAGAGGGAAGGCCCGAGAAGCUCGACGCCGGUGUCGGGCCUGCUUUGCACCGCAGCGGGCAAUGCCUGUGCUCCAGGGCUCGCUCAGGACAGCGCAGCUGCCUGGAGCCCUCAGCACGAGUCCCAUAACUGCCUGGCCACGGUGAAGGAGCAGGCUCCCUGCGCUUCUGGCCAUUCGGACCGGGAUUGGGCAGCAGUUCCUGCCCAAGAAGCUUGCCACCAUCUUUUGCUGGGCAGAGAGAUUGUGCGCAGCCGGAAGGAGCCUCCUGCCCUGACUGCAGUUCCCCAGCUGAUAUCGGAGCAGCUCCCCAGGAUGGAUGUGGCGAUGAGCAAGGGCCUCGUGCCCUAUCGGAGAAUCUUCCCGAAUGACUCUCUCCUGAUUCACGUGGACGACGACAACGUGCAGGAUGAGAGAAGCAAAGGGAAGCCAUUGAUCAAGUGGCGGCUCCCGGCCAAUCCAAAAGACCUUUCUCCAGAGGACCAAGAAGAAGCACAGAGUCCGCUUCAGCCGUCCUCCCAAGUAGAGAAAGGGCCAAAACCUUUAACAUCAUCUCCCCUUGGUCUGGCUGGACCGGGGCUAAUGACCACACCCCUACACAGUGGCCCCGGCCACACCUCCCCUGCAUUCACCUCCAAUCCUGAAACCCUCUGAAUCCUCCUUCCCCAAUCCUGUAUUAAGUGAAAUGUGGCAGCCUUGCCUACUAGAAUGUUACAAAAAAAAAAAAAAAAAAAAAAAA